AUGGCCAAAAGACACUUAGGAUUGGGCAAGGCCGCCAAGGCCAAGAAGCAGAAGACAGAGCCCGACGCGGAGGCUCAGCCACAGGCGUCCAACGAGCUCACAGUCGAAUUGAGUGAGGAAAUCGACGCCAACGACGAGUUGGGCCAGUUGAAAGGCUUGUGGAACACAUACUGCAACUCGGAGAAGGACAACGAGUUGGUAGUCAACGGUAUCAUCCACGAGUGUGAUCGCUUGUUGCGUAACGAGAAGGAGUCCAGCAAGCUUCCAGACUACUUUCACUCGAUCUAUGCCAACUCGUUGGCGGAAUUGGCCAACUUCCAUACCACGGACAACACCAAAGUCAAGGAGUUCUUUGACGCAGCACUUGAGAGAGUCGACUUGGGAUUGUCGCAUUACGAAGCAGGCUCAAUCGACUUGCUUUUCACCAAAAGCCGAAUUUUGAUCAAAAGAAUCCCACUUCAGCACAUUUCACAAUUGACAUUGGAGUCCAAAAUAGCCAAGGAAAAACCCUCGUUGGGCCAGUUGUUGGACGAGGCGUUGCAGAGCUACGAGCUGGCGGAAAAACGUGCCGACGAGUUAAAGCAGUACGAGUUGUUCAACCAGGACAACUUGGAGAUCUUGGAGGCUCUCGACGACGUGUUGGACAUGGUCGACAACUUCGGCAAGGAGCAGUUGGAAGGCGAGGACGAGGACGAUGAGGACGAGGACGACGAUGCUCCCGAGUUGUCGGAGUCCCAUCCGUUGUACUCCAUCCAGAACACCGACAAAUACAACCAAUGGUGGAGAGACCACAUCCUCAAGUUUUUGGAAAACGUCGACUUGGCAAGCUCCAACAAGGCUGUACAAGAAGACCACGCUUUGCACCCGUUGAGAAGAGAGAUCUGCAAGAGAAUUGGCCAGUCGUACCUUCAGGAGUCGGAGAUCCCAUCUGGAGUAUUUACCACCUUGACCUAUGAAGACGAGUACCAAGACGAGACGGAGCUCGAAGGCUUGACGCGUGAACAGGCUCAGAAAAUAGCCCAGGAGUUGAUUCAGACUGCCAUCAAGUACUUGGAGGAGGCUCAGGACAAGGAAGACCCCGAGUCGUGGGUGCAUGUUGCUGAGGCGUUGAUCUCGUUGGGAAACUUGUACGAGCUCGACAGUGACGAGCAGGAGGCCAGCUACAAGAAGGCUGAGGCCAUCUUGAAUAAGGCCAACAACGUGACCAAUGGCCAGUACGAGGAGGUACUUGAGAACUUGCUUCAGAGCUAA